AUGGCUCUUCAGAUGAAAGGGCUGCUCCUUAUAUUGUUUUUCGUAUUUUGCGUGGGAAAAGGGGACGGAUCCUUAGAAAAUUUCGAGGUGUUCGACGUGCUAUCCGUGGUACAAAAUGAUCUGCCAGAGGGGGUAUUCCGAGUGCCAGGGAGAUGUCAACUGCCUACCGUCGAUGAAACGGAGUAUACAGCCUACUCCCUCAAUGAAAACGCUACUUUACACCAACUAGCCGCUGGCAUAUUUUAUAACACUUUUCCUGAAGACUUCUCGAUAUUGGCUGUAGUACGACUACCUGGUGCGGAACAAAAUACACUCUUCGUAUUAUAUUCGGAUGCCGGCGAUGAACAAUUACAGCUUGUUGUUGGUGAAUUAAUAGAAUUGUAUUACGAAGACACUCGAGGAGAUCCUGAAGACCACGAACUCCUCACGUUUCGAGUGAACAUAGCUGAUGGAAGAUGGCACAGAUUAGGAGUUAGCAUCAAAGGAGAUUCAGUCUCAUUGAUCGUUGAUUGCCAAAUCAAAGGAACCUUGCCCUUACGACGCCACCCUGGAAGCACUUUUAAUUUAGCCGGUGCUUUAGUCGUCGGCACUCAAGUCACGCCUGACCAAUAUUAUGAGGGAGAUAUUGAAUUGCUCCAGUUCGCUAAUCAACCGGACCUUGCGUAUGACAUGUGUAUAACUAUAGCACCUGAUUGUAGCUCAUUUGGGUACGAUUAUUCCCAAGAAUUGGUUUCGGGAAAUCAUGACUAUGAUAAAGAACUUGAUUACGAUACACGUCCAAUAACGGAAUUACCUGGAAAUGAACCAUAUGAAUAUGGACCGAAUAGGUUCUUUAAUGAGAGAAAUGAAUCGGACAAUUUAUGGGCAACAGCAAGUAGAGAUUUGUCGACGGCGAGGCCAUAUUGGCAAGUGCCGGAAAGUUACGGGUAUACAGCGCCUUAUCCUAUUCCUACUGACGCCGAUGAAAACAGCAUUUUCGGCAGAUUUCCUGAUACAGCCGAGUUUGUUACAACGCCAGGCACUAUUCAACUUAGUUCACCUGGAUCUUCAGAAGUAGCUAGCGUGACGGCAAAGCGUGGGAUCGAUGACGAUGAGGAUGUCUCUACUCUCUCCACUACGGAAUCUUCUUAUACGCCGAUAACGACCACCGAAGAUACGGAUUGGCUCACACAUCCGCCAGAUUUCAGCGAGGGUAAUGCAUCAUCAGGAUACGACCCAUCAGAUACGUAUUACGACUAUGGAAGUUCAGGUGUAUAUAUGGGUCCACGCGGGUACCCUGGGCCCCCUGGCCCCCAAGGGCCAAGGGGUCCGAAAGGCGAACCAGGAAAACCUGGCUCUGAGGGCCAACAAGGAUUUCCAGGAGCCCCUGGACACGUGUUUGUAGUACCAUUACAACAACCAGGCAAUGAGAAAGGCCCAGAUGCUCAAUCAGAAGCACUGAGACAGAUAUUAACUCAACAUAUGGCUUCGAUGCGAGGUGCAGAAGGUCCUAUGGGUCUUACAGGUCCAUCUGGCCCAGAAGGUGAGAUUGGGCCUGAAGGGCCUAAAGGAGAACAAGGUGACCAAGGAGAACCAGGACCACCUGGCCCUCGAGGUCUCCAAGGCCCCCCAGGUAGACUAGGCCGAAGAGGGCAUGCUGGUCGAGAUGGAGAACGGGGAUCACCAGGACCCUCUGGUCCUAAAGGUGAUCAGGGUUAUCCUGGUCAAUCAGGCAUACCAGGGGACAAAGGAGAGAGAGGAACACCAGGUCAACAAGGCGAGGCUGGAGCCCCGGGAAUUGAUGGCCCUCCAGGAGAUGAUGGGCCACCUGGACCACCGGGACUAGCUGGUGAAUUGGGACCAAGAGGAUUCAUGGGCCCUAGAGGGUUUCCAGGUUUGAUCGGCUACCCAGGUAUACCAGGAAAUGAAGGGCCACAAGGCACAAAGGGUGCAUCAGGGCAACCGGGUCCUCCGGGUUCACCAGGACAACCAGGUCCAAUGGGGCCUGCUGGGUCACCGGGACCACAAGGAUCUAUUGGGGCUCCAGGGAUUCAGGGACCACAAGGUAAACCGGGUAUAUCAGGUCUUCCAGGCCCUGAAGGUUCCCCUGGAACUCCAGGCACUCCUGGACAGCAAGGUUCGCCAGGAGAAGUAGGUUCUCCAGGUCCACAGGGCAUGUUAGGUUUUCCGGGGCCUCGAGGGUUAAAAGGGGACGACGGACCAAGAGGACUACCGGGUGACAAAGGAGAUAAAGGGAUAAAAGGAAUCGAAGGCGAGAAAGGCGAAAUAGGGCUAAAAGGAGAACGCGGGUUGCCAGGUGAAUCUGGCCCCCCUGGCAUUGAAGGGCCUGAGGGGCAAAAGGGUGUAGAAGGCCCAAGAGGAGAAACAGGAUCUAUCGGACCUGCAGGAGAAAAGGGAGCAACUGGUCCACAGGGUCCUCUUGGGUAUCCAGGGACUCAAGGGGAGAAAGGGGAUAAAGGAGCCUCUGGAAGACGCGGUCGACGAGGCACUAAAGGCGUUGCGGGUUUGAUCGGCAUUCCUGGAGAUCGUGGAGAAAGUGGUCCAAGGGGUUACAGAGGUCCACGUGGUCGUAGAGGAUCUGAUGGACCGCCAGGCCCAAAGGGUGAUACGGGUCAACCAGGUCCUCCUGGGUCUGUUGGGGAACGAGGACCUCAGGGUCUAGAGGGACCGCGAGGUUUCCCUGGAGCUAUGGGACCACCAGGAACUGAUGGAAAAGCUGGGCUACCAGGCACACCAGGAGAGCGAGGCCCAACGGGAGUAACUGGGUCACCUGGUGUGACUGGUCCUAUUGGGCUUACGGGUCCUCAAGGUCCAGUUGGCGAGCCUGGUCCACCUGGAUUGCAAGGUCCUUCAGGAACACCGGGAACUCCAGGGGAAGUUGGGAUGCCUGGAGAAAUGGGUAAAGAAGGGCCACCUGGUCCACCAGGACCGGAAGGAAAACCUGGUCCUGUUGGAUCUCCGGGUAUAUCAGGACCUAGUGGAGAACCAGGCCUACCCGGGUCUCCGGGCAUACCAGGCUCUAAAGGUGAUAUGGGUCCCCCGGGACCUCCGGGAGUUAGAGGGGAUAAGGGGGAACAGGGUGAGGCUGGACAUGAGGGCUUGCAAGGCCCAAUGGGCCGAGAGGGGCCAAGAGGAUCACCUGGUCCCGGGGGGCAAAAAGGAGAAGUAGGGGAACCUGGACCUGUUGGUCCAGCUGGUCGCGAUGGUUUACCAGGACCAAGGGGACUGGCAGGAGCCCCAGGUCCAGUGGGAGUUCCGGGUGAAGAUGGGGAUAAAGGGGAGGCUGGCCCUCCUGGAGAGAAGGGAUUCAAAGGUGCUACAGGGGAGCCUGGCCUGAUUGGCGCACCAGGUAUUCAAGGUUUGCGAGGAGAACCAGGCCCAGUAGGCUUACCUGGAGAUAAGGGACCUCAAGGAGAUCCUGGGCCACCAGGGAAUCCUGGGAUGGAUGGACUAAGAGGUCCUCCUGGACCACCUGGUAAAACUGGGCCAGAAGGGCCAAAAGGUGAACAAGGAGGAAGAGGAGAUAGAGGAGAUAUUGGGCCAAAAGGUCCACCUGGUCCGGCUGGACCAACGGGAGCUACUGGUAGGAGAGGUGCAAAGGGCAACCUAGGGGAACAAGGCCCUAGAGGCCCGGAAGGAGAACAUGGAGAAAUUGGCAGUCCAGGAGCUACUGGUCCGCCUGGACCACAAGGAGUAGAAGGCAAAAUGGGCCCUAGAGGUCCGAUUGGACUGAAAGGAGAAGACGGACCACCAGGGAUACAAGGAGAACCAGGAUCUAAAGGACUACCUGGGCCUGAAGGGCCUAAAGGUGAUCAAGGUCCGGCUGGCUUCCCUGGAGACAGAGGUGAACCAGGUCCUCAAGGUAUAAAAGGAGAGCCGGGGUCAGAUGGGCCCGACGGGAGUCCUGGCCCACCUGGACUAUCUGGACCAAUGGGACCUGUGGGUAAGCCGGGUGAAACUGGUUUGCCUGGUAGUCCCGGUACCGAAGGUCCAGCAGGUGCUCAAGGUAGUCCUGGGACACCUGGAGAAAAGGGCGAUACCGGCCCCAAAGGUGCCCAGGGAGAUGUUGGACCAGCGGGAGCUAUUGGACCACAGGGGCCAGAGGGGCAAAGGGGAUUACGUGGAUUACCUGGUCCACCGGGUGAUGUAGGUACACCGGGUAUAAUGGGGCCAUCUGGUGCACCGGGGACGUCUGGCCCUUCUGGCCCUCAAGGAAUGAAAGGUGAUAAGGGCAAUAGAGGACCGAAAGGACAUAUAGGAGAAACUGGACCAAUGGGAUUAAAAGGGGAUCAAGGUGAAAUGGGGAAACUUGGCCCUCAGGGUCCGAUUGGACCAAUGGGUCCCAAAGGAGAUAUGGGUCCUGUCGGUCCAUCUGGUCCAAAAGGUGACACGGGUCCUCCCGGAACUCCUGGCUCAGAGGGUCCUCUUGGACCAAAAGGGUCCCCAGGUCCUGAGGGUCGACCGGGCCUUCCAGGGUCUCCUGGGCCUCCUGGACCACCUGGACCACCGGCACCACUCCCACAAAUACCACCUGAGUUAUUCGUAUCUAGACGGCGACGAAGUCUAGAUGACUCUAUAGAGACUACAACUGAUGAUAGUUUUGAUGAAGAUGAGGAGUCGGAAUGGGCGCGCGAGGUGAUGUCGGGUGUGGUGGCGGCGCGCGCGGCGCUGCAAGACGCGCGGCGGCCGCGCGGCUCGCGGCACAAUCCCGCGCUCUCCUGCAAGGACUUACGUACUUCACACGCUAAUAUGACAGAUGGUUUUUACUGGGUCGACGCGCGAGGUGGGACGUCGCGUCCUAUCCGAGUAUAUUGCAAGGGAUACACGACGUGUCUGUACGCUGAUAACGUAGAAAGUACAGUUUACACCGACUCAGGUCACAAGUUCUCCCAAAUAGAUAAUGGAUAUCGGAUAACAUAUGAAAGCUCGGGCUCUGGUGCCAUACAGCUUCGCUUCCUCAGGCUGCUGUCGAAUGGCGCCAAACAAAACUUCACUUACACCUGCAUCAACACUCUAGUUCAACAAAGGUCAGACAUCCCCGCUGAUUUAAUAAGAGCAAACAGCGUGAAGUUGUAUGGACAGAAUAAUGUGGAAUUUAAGGAGCCGCAAAUAAUACGGGACGAGUGCAAGGAUGGUAAAGGAGAAAUAGUUCUCGAAGUCAAAACGUCUCGCAGUGAACGUUUGCCCAUCAGUGAUUUCCAGCCGCUAUCCUUCCUCGACGCGCACCACGAGUUCUCCUUCACCCCCGGCCCAAUAUGCUUUACU